GGGUGGGGAGUCGCUAAAUCGGAGCCAGCGGGCGCAUAGCAUGUAGAAUGCAUCUUCGAAGUAGAUGCGUCUUUUUAUUAAAAAUAUAAUUUUUGCGGUCGUUCAAUUUCUUGUUGUAAGGUUCUUGUUUCGAAUUUUGUAUCUCCAUCACGAAUGCUGCACUCGCUCCUACGCUUUGUACAAUCAUAGCUUUUAUUGUCAUGUCAUUACAUUGACAUUCCGAUCUUGCAUCGACACUAGCAGGAGAAUUGGGAAAUGGUCACGAACGUGCGCCAAAGCGUCACGCAGCCGGUUGCGCUGUAAUGCUUGUGUAUAUAGGACCGCAUACUUUUUUCCAUUUGAUGUCGUGGCGUUCACCUCCGUUGUCUUCGC